UACUUGACGAUUUCAAUUUGUUUCCAGCCUAACCACACAACACCAUUGGAUGAAAUAAAUCCCCGACAAGGUCAGACUCAACUAUGCAUGAAAGUAUUCGUUCAAAGGGAUUACAGUGAUGGAACAACUGUCAGAUUUCAAACUCUAUUUCCACCAGAACUGGAAGGAAAGCUGGAUAAAGGAGCUUUCAUGUAUACCGUCACUCAGCUGAAUGCCAAUUUUGCUGAAGCUGAGAAAGGAUCAUGCAGUACCUACUGUGAAGGAUGCUUAGCUUGCAUUACAGCUUACCUUAUGUACAUUUGCUCUGAAACUCAUUAUGAGAAGUGCUUGAGGAAGGUGGCCAAGUUUGUAGCAGAACAAAAUGAACGAGUGUACAUGCCAAGAGGUCUCCUAUUAACGAAUCCUGUCGACAGGGGUCUACGAGUCAUUGAAAUAUCGAUAUUGGACCAGCCAAUGGUUGCUAGGACAUGACUUUCUUUAUCUGAAUCGACAGAGGAAUUCUUCAUGUAAUCAACAACUUCAUCAUUCACCACUACUCUUCACGGCCAUUCUCAACUUAAUUUUGCACCGACUUUGUGUGUUCUGUCCUGACACUGUAUUUAUAGAUAUAUUUUUAUAAUGUGGCGUCUAACCAUAGUAUAUUGUUAACUGAUCAUGAUAGUUUAGUACUAUUAACCAUUAGACAAUGAUAAUAUUAUGAGAAAGACAAUGCGGCAUCUUAUUAUUUAUAUUGUCCUUGAGUUUGCAUGACUUAAUAAUUUUUUGAAGAUGAAUUGCAAUUACUUACUUGAGGAAAUAAUCUUGAGGAGAUGCAAUGCCAUUUUUUGUUGAAUCGACAUCGUACGCCAAAAUUUCAUCAUCAUCCAAAUGCGACGACCCUUGCACGAAUUUCGCAAACCUUAUGGGAUUCUUGAGCCGGGUCAUAACUCGCCACUGGUCACAGUCUGGACUGGAACAAUAGCCGCGUAAUUCAUCCAAAGCUCUGGCCGUUUCUCGUGCCCCUUGCUCGUGGUAUUCAUCUUCACUCAAAAGCUUUCUCUUCGGUGUUGGUCGAAAUCGUUUCAUGAGAGUUAUGAUUGAGAUGAACCACGACUUGGGAAUAUUGUAAGUCACCAAAAGAAGAAGUUCAACUCCAAGUACUGCUUCCUGGAAGUAGCUGCACAUAAAUAUUGAUACCAGAGCAGCGCCCUGUAAACACCAUUUGAUAAGGUUGAUGCUUCUGGGAUCAGAGACGGGUCCAAAUCUGUAGCAGACGAUGAAGCUGAUGAGUGAGGUGGUAAAGAAGUAUCCAAUCACGUAUUCUUUGUAAAGCAUUGAGAUGUUGCGCACAUUUUCCAUCAUCAGCUGAAAAGCGUAGAAAGUUAUGGCUGAUCCUCCCAGGAAGAGUCCGUACAUCAAAGGUCUCUUUGUAGUUAUACAAUUAUAAAUUUGAUUCUUAUUUUCAUAGUAUUGAGGAAAAUUAUUAAUUUCAGAUGAUGAACUUUUCAUUUUCAAGUACUUUGAUUUCUAAGUAGGUAAACCUUGUUUACACGAUGCCAGUCAGAGGGCAAGUACCUUGGACAAAGCUACCCGUCUUCCAACCAGCCUCGUGUAAUCUAGGUUGUAGAGUAGUACAUUGCUCACAGUGGUCGGUAUGGAAAUGAUCCUAUUUCCCGCUUUCAAAAACAACAAACCUGCCUUAUCAUUUGUAAUCAAGGAGUGCCAACAAUAACAUCGAGCUUGCACUUGUGUGAUUAUAAAAGUGAUUACUCAUAUGCAUUGUUAAUUGCUGCACUCCAGCUCACAAUGUUUUCAUCAAGUCAAGUAUUGUGAUUAUUCACUUCAGUCUACUAAUAUCUAUGACAAAGAUAAGCUACUGUGAAUCGGACUUACUGCUCUAAAAUCCACUCUCGCAGGAGCAUGUUUGUUAACAUCGUUCCUCGGCUCCCAGAACAGACUAUAGAGGUGUUAAUCCAAUAGCUCAAGAUUGGUUCCAACUAUUUCAAUAAUCCCUAUUUGUUUUUCAUUACUAGAUUUUCCGAACAAUUUCUGGUGUUUCAGCGUCACUUUGAUGAACUCUCAUAAGAAUGCCAUUUUCAAUAGUCUGUUUUUUACAAUACAUUUCUACAGCUGAUAUAUUGAACAAUAGCCAAUUAAAAUUUUCUAACCAAACCAAUUAAUUUAUUGUUGAAUUAACUUGAAACAAAUUAUUGAAUGAGUCAUGACUCAUUCUGCAAUUGUUUAAUCUUUUUAUUUUUAGCUCCAGGCAAGUAGGUCUAAGGAUGUCCAAUUCACAUAAGAUAGAAUGGGACUUUCAAAUGAAGAACCUAGUAUGUUGUGACUAAUCUUUGAAAAUGUAUGCCCGAUACCCUUACCCCCAAACCUUGAAUUGAUUCAAUCCUAGAUCCGCCACUGCUUAGCUUUGCUGACAAUACAUUGAUUUCUACUCAUUGGUUCUAAAAUAUUGAAUGUUUAUUUAAUAAUUUAGUUUUAAUAUUGUCAGUGAAAAUUGUGGAAGAUUUUCUUUGUUGAUUCAGAUGUUAAUAAUCUUAUUAUGAUUGGAUGUUAUUCAAGAAGUACUGUGGUACUGUAAUUGUUGUAAUGUUUUAAUUCCAGAUUUCAAUAUCAUAAAAAUUUAUUAUGAAUAGAUGUCUGUGAAUUUAUUGUUUACGUGUUUCACUUUAUCAUGAUAGUGUAAAUAAUUAAUAUUUCUUUGACUUUUCCAUUUGUCUAUUUAUAUAACAAUUAUAAUUUAUAUUAUAUAAUAACAAUUCUUGUGUACCUAUAUUGUUAACUCCGCCAUCUACCAAUAUGGUAGAAGGAUAAAUAAUUAUAUGAGAGGAAUUUCUAUGUAUAGAUUCCAUUACAUUAAAUGUAUGUUCUAAAUGUAUUAAGUUGUCUUCCUUCUUGUGAUUAUGCAUAAUUAUUUCAUCAAUCUAUAUCAUUUAGUUAUUUUCAUCACAUAAUGCUGUAUUAUUGUAAUCAAUAUAUUGUAUCAAAGUAAUAGUCUUGUGUUGUGAUAAUAUAUAUUCUACCUUUUUAUUAUGAG